AACACGGCGAGGAUAAAACAAGAUGGCGUCUGACGGUGAAGACGUUAUUGCAGUCAUCAGAGUUCAAUGUUCUUAGUCUGUGCCUCCCGGUACACAUAUAUGUCCUUUAUUACACUCUAGGAAGUAGAGUAAACAUAGUUAAUAACUGUUUGCAGGCGGUUAUAUUAGUCUGAGCGCACUUUGAUGCUUCUCGAGCUAGCUUAGCUUGCUAGUUAGCUUAGCUUGUUAGCUGCUAACAAAGAGAGGCGGAAGUGAUCAAAACACAUCACUAAGUAGAGAUCAAGUGUGAGUGUAAAGUGUUGUGAUUGUGUGAAAAUGUGCCAAAGAACGACAGCAGAGUACGAGGAGGAACUUUGUCCAACAAAAGAGGAGAAGGAGCGACAACAUGAAAAACAUCAAGUUGUGUUACACAGAACAGACAUCCAUCAGCUGAUUGGACACCAAGAAGAAUGUCUCCCUCAUCUGCAGGGGGACAGUUUCACUUUAGAGUAUCCACAGCCCUCACAUUUUAAAGGGGACAAGGAGGAUCCACAGCCCCCCUAUUUUAAAGAGGAAGAGGAGGGAGAGUGUCCUGUAGGGCAGGAGGAGGAUGAUGUCAGCAAGUUUCCACUGACUGUUGUCUCUGUGAAGACUGAAGAGCAUGAAGACAAAGCAGCUGAGUCCUCACAGCUUCAUCACAGUCCAACUUGUGUGGUUCUUCCUGCAGCUGUCAAAGAGGCAGCUGCGACUUUCUUGGCUCCUCCAUGGCUUCACUCAGAGACACUGGCGGUCACCACACCCCUCCGACUUUCAGACGUCUGUGAAGAACAUCUUCUCUCUGAGCAACAGAAGUGGAGCUUCAGGAUGGGCAAGGAGGAGCCACAGCCCUUCUACAUUAAGGAGGAAGAAGCGGCGCCACAUACAUUGCGAAUGCAGAGGGAAGAAAAUAACCCACUGACCUCCCAUUUUAAAGAGGAAGAGGAGGAACACAGCAUCAGUCAAGAAUGGUUGGAGGAGUUCCCAGUGAGUGUGAAGAGUGAAGAUGAUGAAAGUGAGGAGAGGGGAGGGGGGGAGCCUUCAAGCAGCAGCUCAACACAACACAUGACAACAGAAGCUGAUGGAGACCACUGUGGAGGAUCACAAGCAGACAAGCUCUUAGCUCCACUAUCAGAUAGUGAGGACACAACCUCACACUCUCCUCACACUGAUGAUGAAGACUCUAAAGAUGAUGCAACAUGUCACACUGACAACACUCACGUCACAUGUCCUACCUGUCACAAAACUUUUAAAUAUCCUAGCUAUUUGAAAAGACACAUGAGAACACACACUGGAGAAAAACCUUUUUCAUGUUCAAUCUGCGGUAAAGAUUUUACUCAAAAGUUCCAUUCCAAAGGACACAUGAGAACACACACUGGAGAAAAACCUUUUUCUUGUUCAAUCUGUGGUACAGAUUUUACUCAGAGGCAAAGUUUGAAAAUACACAUGAGAACGCACACAGGAGAAAAACCUUUUUCAUGUUCAAUCUGCAGUAAAGAUUUUACUGGAAGGCAAUCUUUCAAAAGACACAUGAUAAUGCACACUGGAGAAAAACCUUUUUCCUGCUCAGAAUGUGGAAAAAGCUUUGUAACAAAUCAAAGGUUAAAAAUACACAUGAGAAUACACACUGGAGAAAAACCUUUUUCCUGCUCAGAAUGUGGAAACAGCUUUGUAACAAAUCAAAGUUUAAAAUUACACAUGAGAACACACACUGGUGAAAAACCCUUUUCAUGUUCAAUCUGCAGUAAAGAUUUUACUGGAAGACAAUCUUUCAAAAGACACAUGAGGAUACACACUGGUGAAAAACCAUACUCCUGUUCAAGAUGCAACAAAAGCUUUCAUGACCGACAAGCUUGUACAGCACACAUGAGAACACACACAGGAGGGAAAGUGUUGAGUUGCAGUGUGUGUGGUGAAAGAUUGUCUUCUAAGUACCAGUGUAAGAAACACAAGUGUGCUGGUGAGAACAGCAGCAGCAAAUGAAACUGCAGGAUUUGAAAUAAACAGUCCAGACUUUCAUUUGGACUUUCUAACAUCAGCACAUAUAACAUGUGUGACAUUGUUGUUGUUUGUCUAACAAUCUCUUUAAUAUGAUUCUAACAUUUAUAGAUUAGACACUUCAGAUCAGUGCUUUUAUUUCAGUCAAGUACAUGAGUUAAUAUACACAUUUAAAAUGAACAUAACAGUUUGACUGAAAAGAUGAGAAUAAACAGUACAUAAAAUAUGUUACAUACAAUAAAAAAGUUAUGUGUAUAUAUCCAUAAUUCACUUUUAUACCUAUUCAUAACAGUGGGGGGUUUUUUUUUUGAAUAAUGAAGUGUUACAUAUUUUAUUUUGUAAUUGUAGAUGAUUCCAUAGAUGAACUCCUUUAUAUGAUGUACAUAUUUGUUUUACAUGUGUUCAUACCUUUGCUUUUGAGUACACAUAAAUCCCUCUUAGUUCAUAUUUACUGGUUCACAUCUGAAACAUCUUCUGGACCACUUCUGGAAGCAUAUUAUUAUUUACUUUAUACAUCAUUUGAACAAUUGUCUUUCAUACAAGAGCAUUUACUUUUAAAAUGUGUGACUUAAUGAAUCAUUUGUUGGGUCUCUAUAAUCCAUUCUAUGAAUUAUCUUUAUUACUCCCUAUUAUAAUCUGAAUAUUGUUGUGUGAUUGUUUUAUAUAUAGUUCUCCAGACCUUUAUGCAAUAAACAAUGUAUGUUUCAACUGAGUACAAUAA